AUGCCCAACUUCCAGAUCCAGGACUGCAGCGAAGCUGACAUACCCCGCUUCACCGAGAUCGUGUCGGACGCAUUCGCCCACGACCACGAAUAUGUCGACGCCGUAUUCUACAAGCACGACACUACCGAGGGGCGCAAGAACAGUGCUGAGAUUCUACUCAACAUGUACUGUCACGAUCCCAACGGCCAUUUCCUAAAGGUCGUCGACACCGACUCUGGAAAGAUGGUCGGCGCGGCAAAGUGGAACAUCUACAAGGCCGGCGAGGUGCCUGCGCAAAUUGAGCUGGCCGGUGAUUUCUGGCCUAACGAAGAGGAGGCAGAAUUCGCCAAGGCCAUCUUCCAUGCGUUCUUCGCACCGAGACAGAAGGUCUUGAAGGAGAACGAUGGUCGCCUUGUUGCGCUAGAGAUGCUCAUGGUCGACCCGGCUCAUCACGGCCAAGGUGUUGGUAGAAUGUUGGUCAAAUGGGGUACCGCGCACGCCGAUAGAUUGGGCGUCGAGACUUUUGUCGAAGGCUCGGAGAGAGGCCAAAGACUGUAUCUGUCCGAGGGUUUCGAUGGCCCGUACUAUAUCGUGCCAGUGCCCGAGAAGUUUGCGGCACGGCGCAAGCAGGUGUACUACGCGAUGAGGCGCCCGGUGCAGACGAAGGGCACGGAGUCCGCUGCCGAGACUUGA